UGUUUUUUUUUCUCUUUCUCUCUCGGGUGUCACGGUGCAAAGGGCUAUUUGUCGCUUCUUCAGUCUGGAGAUUUCGCAUCUCCCUUGGGGACAACCGGAGCCACUAGCAAAUUCCAAAGCGGAGCUACGAUGCCUUAUGUUCUCAUCAGCACACAGAUACGCCUGGAAACUGGUCCCACAACAGUUGGGGAUGAAUAUUCAGAUCCAGCACUCAUGAGCUAUUUGGGAGCCAGAAAAACGACAAUGCUAGGAAACAAUUUCUCAGAGUACAAUGUGGACGAAUCUCCUCGAAUUAUUCUGGAUAAACUUGAGAAGAUUGGUUUUAGAGUUGUGAGCAUGACAGGAGUGGGACAGACUCUGGUUUGGUGUCUCCAUAAAGAAGACUUCAUGCCUGCGUAGUGGUUAGUGAUGUGAGAUUGGCAUUAGUGACAUGCAGUAGGUUGAAGAUAUCAUGCGAACAAUUAAGACUAUACAAUAAGAAAUACACAUGUACAGUAUAUUGUGAUGUGUUAGAGUAGACUCAAUCAUUCAUUUCCACACCUUUAAACACUCUGUUAUGGUCAAAGUAAUUGGGGAGAGUACUGAAUGGGUACAAAGAAGGUGAAAUCAGUCAGUCUAUUAUACCAUUGUCAAAACAUUUUACAGCAGUUAAGGAAAGCAGGAGACAUGAUUGUGAGUAGACAGACAGCAUUAAAAGACUUCAUUUAAUUAGAGUAACUGAAUAUAAGAUACCAACAGCACAAGUUCAGCAUUUAUUGCCAAGAAUAGUCACUUGUGUUGAAAUUUGGGACCUUCCAUACAUUCCAGCUCAAGACUGCAAAUCUUCAUUAUGCCAGACGUUGACUGUGUCUGAAGCCCAGAAUAUUGUGUUUUGUUUUUGUUUUUAAUCCUAGUCUGUUGGUGUUGAUUGUACUGUGCUGUCUGUCAGUUCUUACUGUCAAUAAACGCUCCGUGUAUUCAUUGUU